GUUGCGGAGGGGGCGGGGAGCAACGGAAACCUGCGUGUGAGCUGCAAGGUUUUGACUGUCUGCCUGUGGAGGAAGUAGCUGUAAUUGCGCUACUGCGAUUUCUUCAAACACUCGUGUCAGGGCCUGGUGCCAAGAAACUUAGAGAAGAGUUGUCAGAGAGAAUGGCUGUAUCUUCAGGGAAUGUGUCUCAGGAUCUGUUAACAUUUGGGGAUGUGUCUCUGGACUUCUCCCAGGAGGAGUGGGAAUGCCUGGAGUCUGCUUCAAAGGCCUUGUACAUUGAUGUGAUGUUGGAGAAUUACCGCAAUCUAGUUUUUGUUGAGAAAUAUCAUAUGUAUGUGAAAAAUAUGAACAUCUUGGAUCAAGGAUCAAAGCACAUUGUCUAUCACCCUGUGAAUAUCCAAGAGAAGUCUUAUGAAAAUAGUGAGAUUGGCGUAAAGGUCCACAAAUUCUCCUGUUGUACACCUCAUAACUCAAGUGAUCUUUCAGAGAACUCCAACAAGUAUGAAUGUGAUAACCACAGGGAUACCUCUAUUGUAUCAACAAACCUAAAGAAUCAUAAAUGUAGAAACACAGGAGAAGAAACUUACAAAUAUAAAGACUGUGGGAAAUGGUUAAAUUUGUGUUGCAUCAUUAGUCAAAGAAUUCACACUAGAAAGGAACUACGCAAAAAUACAGACUGUGAUGACUCAUUUGAGUCUAAAUAUACACUCAUGCUGAAAGAGAUUUCUAGUGGAGGGAAAAUACACCAAUGUGGGAAAUGUACGAAGUACUUUAGGGCCUACUCAAGUCUCAGUAGACAUCAGAGAACUCAUUCUAGAGAGAAGUCCUACAAAUGUAAAGAAUGUGGGAUGUGCCUUUACCUCUUGUAUCAAGUUAAAAACCAUUACAAAACCCAUAAUGGAGAGAGAACUUACAAAUACAGUGAAUAUGAAAACUGUUUCAUCCAGAAAGAUCAUCUUAGCUCACAUCCAAGAAUCCAUACAGCAGAGAAACCCUUCAAAUCUAGCGAUUGUGAGAAGUCCUAUGUUUAUGUGUCUGCUGUUGGACAACAUCAGAGAAUUCACACAGGAGAGAAACUUUUCAAAUCUAGCGAUUGUGAGAAAUCCUUUGCAUAUGUCUCCACUCUUGGACAACAUCAGAGAACUCAUACAGGAGAGAAGCUUUUCAAACCCAGCGAUUGUGAGAAAUCCUUUGCAUAUGACUCCACUCUUGGACAACAUCAGAUAAUUAAUACAGGAGACAAACCUUACAAAUGUACUAAAUGUGAGAAAUCCUUUCCAUAUAUCUCGAGUCUUAGAAAGCAUCAGCGAAGUCAUACAGGAGAGAAACCGUACAGAUGCAGUAAAUGUGAGAAAUCCUUUACACAGGGCUCACACUUGAAACGACAUCAGACCCUUCAUACAGGAGAGAACCCUUACAGAUCUAGCGAUUGUGAGAAAUCCUUUCCAUAUAUCUUGAAUCUUAGAAAGCACCAGCAAAUUCAUACAGGAGAGAAACUUUUCAAGUCUAGUGAUUGUGAGAAAUCCGUUGCAUAUGCCUCUACUCUUGGACAACAUCAGCGAAUUCAUACAGGAGAGAAACCUUUCAAAUCUAGUGACUGUGAGAAAUCCAUUGUGUAUGUCUCCACUCUUGGACAACACCAGAGAAUCCAUACAGGAGAAAAACCUUUCAAAUCUCCUGAUUGUGAGAAAUCCUUUGCACAUGUCUUUACUCUUGGACAACAUCAGAGAAUUCAUAUAGGAGAGACACUUUUUAAAUCUAGCAAUUGUGAGAAAUCCUUUGCAUAUGUCUCCACUCUUGGACAACAUCAGAUAAUUAAUACAGGAGACAAACCUUACAAAUGUACUGAAUGUGAGAAAUCCUUUCCGUAUAUCUCGAGUCUUAGAAAGCAUCAGCGAAGUCAUACAGGAGAGAAACCGUACAGAUGUAGUAAAUGUGAGAAAUCCUUUACACAGGCUUCACACCUGAGACAACAUCAGACCCUUCAUACAGGAGAGAAACCUUACAGAUGUAAUGAAUGUGAGAAAUCCUUUACACAGGCUUCACACCUGAGACGACAUCAGACCAUUCAUACAGGGGACAAAACUGUGAGUGUAGUAAAUGUGGCAAAGUAUCUCUCUUCCCUCACUGCUAAUAGUUCUUGAGAAAAGGCUGACUGGGAAGAGACUGUUAAUAAAGCAUAUGCUUUACUAAAAGCUCUGUUACUAGAGAUCACUGCACCUCCAUACAAGAUCCGCAUUAAGAGCAUGAGAAAUUUGUGAAAGCCUUUAUGUUAUGUGCAAAUCAUACAGAGUUUAUACUGAGGAAAAAUUCUGAAAAUGUGACAAUGUAGGAAAAUUUUCUGUAAACUUUUUUCAAACUCAAUGAUAGCAUAAGAAUGAAAAAUCAAGAAGCCUAAGACUGUGCUGCGGUAUAUAGCAAGGGACAUGUGGAAGUCAAGAAACAAAAAGAAAGGCAUACCAGUUAUGAGUAGCUGAUGUGCUUCUGUUGCUAAAGAUGGGUUGGUGAUCAAAGGCAAUGGUUAAUUUUUUGUAUUCAAAUUUGCCCUCAACUACUUGACAUGAUUAAACAUCUGAAGUAGAGAUGACUGUUUUUCAUAUUUAAAACUAUAUUUGUGAUUCUUUUAAGAUUUUUAUAGGUUACAUUUUGAGAUAAAUAGUAAAAUGAUUGAUCCUUUCUUUGUAAACACAAAAUGUCAUUUGCCAUUAAAACCAACUGAGAGAAAAAGA